CAUCAGCCGAGCGUGCCAAGCGAAACACAUCGCACAGCGACUGGAAAGCGUGUUAAGUCCGGCACAUUUUCUUCACUCCAAGACAGAAGCAAUCGAGCCUCCAUCCUUGUCGAGAAACCACACAAUCCUGUAGGAGAGACUACGGACGAACGAGACUACUCAGCACGGCCGAUCGCGAAAAGGAUUAGUCGAGCGUCUAGCCAUGAACAUCGAGACGCAGGACCACGACGAGUCUCUCCCACCGAAUCGGGAUGAAGCUGUUCUAGCCGAACAAGACACACCAGAGAAGCUACUGCGCGCUUUUGCUGAUUUCAGAGCUCUAAAUCAGCGGCAUGGAUGGUCCGAAUUGCGGAAGGUGCUGCUACAAGCACAGGCUGAGCGUCGCAUGAGCGAAGUUAGCUCGCUUUCUACCGAUACUAAAUUCUGGACAUUAUGGGAUAUAAAAAGAGCACAAACUCUAGUGAAGGAGCUACAACACCCCGAAAAGGCCGACAGCAGUGUCAUAGCGACGGAAUCAGCAGGUAAAAAUAGCAUUGUGUCAAGCCUGCCAAGUCUAUCGAACAUGUCAACGAGCAGAACAGAAACACAAGUCGACAGAAGCGCUAGUGUUGCAAGCCCCGAUCAUGGUGACAUUCUCCUCAAACCACCCGUAUCUAGGCGGAAACGUCGCCCUCGCUCUGGAAAUGGUAAAUCUGCAGUUCGCCCAUACUCUACGACCUCAGAGCCAGGUCAGAGCUCUCAGGGGGCGCCACUGACGCGUAGCGCCCGACGAGCAGCUAGGUCCUGUCUCCAACUGUCACGAGGCUCUGAAACGGAACGCCAGCCACGAUCUCAACAAGUCCAACAAAGCCGACCAUCUCGUCGAUCAAGACUUACCAGAAGAUCCAGUCCAUCAGCCCUUGGGCAGAGCACUCAAUUUGGACAUGAUGAUCAACCUCGAGAUCUCGUCGUAGAUGCGUCAUCAGACGUGGCCAUGGCAGGGACACCACCAUUGUACGCGUGGGCUAUUGAUGACAUUCUAGAGCAGGAUGAUGAAUUAUUGCCAUGGAUUGAGGAGCAACUUGACACACUCUCAAGCUUUCCUAUAAGUGAGGACGCUGUUGAGCAACUACUCCGGAUGCUGACUAUAGAGCAAAUAUAUGACCGUAUGCUUACCAUGACCAAGUGGCGGCAGUAUGCACAACAGAUGUUCACCAUCCUAUACUGCGCCCAGAGACACCUGACUGCGCUUGAACUGAUUGACGCAUUACUCGUUCAAGUCUGUGUAUCCUGCGAUCUGGAUCCGAAGCAUGCAUCGUAUAAAGCAGAAGCCCAUUCUCAAAUGGCCAACAUAUGCUUCACCGCAAUGCUGCAGUCGCGACAUGAUGGCCACCGCCGACAAGUUCAAAAGAAACAUCCAUUUGUAGUGUACGCCAUACAGUACUGGCCGGAACAUCUACUAAGAGCGUCUUAUAAGAUGCACAACGACACUCAGUUUUCACGAAUGUUUCGCGGUUUACAGGACUCUUUCUCCAUGUGGGUCCACGUGUGGAAUAUCGAUUUUCGUGGAGCUAAAUUGCAGCAAGACAAAUUAGUCUGCUCACUCUACUAUGCCGCACUGUUAGGCCUUACCAAUGUCAUAACCGACAUUUGCGAAAGAAUAAACUCUCGGUCUGAUCCAACACUGAGGUUGGCUCAAAUACUAAAACAAAGAGGCGGCAGUCAUGGCACAGCACUUCAGGCAGCUUCUUACGGAGGUCACAUGUAUGCGGUUGAGCUGCUCCGUCAGAAGGCUGCUGACGUGAACACAUGAUCACGGCGAGCCAGACUAUGCAAAGUGCACCGGGCGUGACGAAGAAUUCCAAUCUCUGGCCGUCUUAUGAAAGUGCUACUUCCACUUUUGAUUCGGACAUAUUCACUACAAAAACUAGAGAAUUCGGUUACAUACAUUACUCUGGACAUGAUACCGGAAAGCCGCCUUCUGGUUCUCAUUUCAACCAGGCCGGAGGAGACUUGGUGGUGACCCUUCUCAGCGGAGGGGAAGAGACCCGCCAAGAAUAUCUCUGGCGCCAUA